AUGGCACAGACACCGAUUCAGUUAACCACCUUCUUCUCCUUCUUCAUCUUCUUGUCUUCCUUCCAACUCGAUCCCACAACCGUGCACGGCCUCUCGACCAAUUCAACCACCACCGUCCUUCUAGAUGGGGCCCGACCUGCCAUGGUAUUGCCGCUCUUUCUCUCUCCUCCAAAUUCUUCCAAAACACCGUCGAAUCUGCAUCGCCAUCUCCAAGGAUCCAAUGCUAACAACAGUCCCUACGCUCGCAUGAGACUCUACGACGGUCUCCUUCUCAACGAGUAUUACACUACGCGGCUUUGGAUCGGGACUCCACCUCAGGGAUUUGCUCUUAUCGUUGAUACCGGCGGUACUGUUACGUAUGUCCCGUGCUCUUCUUGUGAGCAAUGUGGCAGGCACCAGGAUCCGAAAUUUCAGCCAGAAUUGUCAAGCACCUAUCGACCUGUAAAGUGCAACAAUGGUUGCAACUGUGACAAUGAAAAGGUAAAUUGUGUUUAUGGGAGCCUGUAUGGUGAGAUGAGCACUAGCAGUGGUGACCUUGGUGAGGACAUCAUAUCCUUUGGCAUUCAGAGUGAAUUGGCACCCCAGCGUGCUGUUUUUGGUUGUGAGAAUCUGGAAACUGGUGACCUUUACAGUCAACAUGCUGAUGGCAUAAUGGGAUUGGGCCGUGGUGAUCUUAGUAUUGUUGAUCAACUUGUUGAAAAAGGUGUAAUAAGUGACUCAUUCUCAUUGUGUUACGGUGGAAUGGAUAUUGGUGGUGGUGCAAUGGUUCUUGGUGGUAUAUCUCCUCCUUCAGGCACAGUCUUUACAGAUUCAGAUCCUGUGCGCAGUCCAUACUAUAACAUUGAUUUGAAGGAGAUACAUGUUGUGGGGAAGCAGUUGCCUUUGAACCCAAGUGUGUUUGAUGAAGGACAUGUUACUAUCCUUGAUAGUGGUACACCAUAUGCUUACCUACCGGCAGCAGCAUUUGCAGCAUUUAAGGAUGCUAUUAUGAAGGAACUUUAUCACUUAAAGCAGAUCCGUGGUCCUUAUCCAAAUUAUAAUGAUAUUUGCUUUUCUGGUGCUCCAAGUGCUGUUUCCCAACUCUCAGAUGCAUUUCCACCAAUUGAUUUAGUAUUUGGUAAUGGGCAACAUUUGUCUCUAUCACCUGAAAAUUACUUAUUUCGGCAUUCCGAAGAUCGUGGUGCAUACUGUCUAGGGAUAUUCGAACAUAGGUACAAUGAAACUAUUCUCGGAGGAAUCCUUGUCCGCAAUACUCUUGUGAUGUAUGAUCGUGAAAAUUCAAAGAUGGGUUUCUGGAAGACCAAUUGUUCUGAGUUAUGGGAAAGACAUCACGGAACUGGUGCCCCAGCACCAUUGGUCUCAGCUUCAAAUGGACUACUGGGUCAUAUGAUGCAGCUCCUAAUUAUGGCAGUUAUAUGGGUGCCGAAGGCUGCAUAUUAUUCUUGGUACUUGAUGUCAAAUGCGUUGAUUUAG